AUGGCCAUACGAAAUCCUACUAAUACGUUGAUAUUGACAAACGUAGCAUCUGGGAUACUAAACGACCCUAGUCCUUUGGUUGAAUUUUUGUCGAAGAAGAACUAUACGAUUGAGUUAGUCGCUUUACCUAAAUUUGGCAGAAUUUUGGUGAUAUGUGAUAUAACGGAGAACUCACAAGAGGUGUUGCAGUCACUUAAACUCUCUAGUGAAUGGGGUUAUUUGGGGAUCACAUACAGCAUAAGAGAUAAUCAUUGGAGCAUUCUGGGUUCAGACGCCGAUUUAUUUGCCAGCAAAGUGGACUCAAAAGACUACUUAGAACUCCCGCUGGAAGAUGGCAGCAGAAGAUUUCUAAUUUCACCUCCACUUUCACCUCCAGCGGAAUGGGACCAUUGGGAUAGGGUUGAAGAGGGACCUAAUUCUAAAUCAGUCUAUUCGCCACAAGACUUGUCUCAUUUACUUUGGGAAAGGCUUGGAGGACUUCAGAGCUCAGAUGUUCGUAAGUACCAAGAUGAAGAGAUAGAAGAAAAUGAAUAUGAGAUUAGGGACAUGAAAACAGAACCAGAAGUAUUAUUUGAAGAUAUAGAUAAUGGGGUCCCUGCAAUAGUGCUAGAUACGGUUAAUAACAAGAAUAAAUCUGACCCCCUGUCCAAAAAACCGAUUGCAAAGACUUCAAUCCCUCCGCCUUUGGAUUAA